ACUUGUACUAUCUACAGCUACAUAGUUUAGCUAGCGCUCCAUACAUUUUUCGGCUUCUCGACCACCUGCCCGUUUGGGAAACCAAUUUUUCCUUCUGUCUGGAAAAACAGUUGAUCCGAUUACAUAAGCUGGGAGACAAGAAAAUUUUUAAAAAAAGAAUAACUGGAUAAAAAAGGGGGAGCCACCAUUAGUUGUAUACAAUCGAUUAGAUUUUACUACUGAUUAUUUGAGAGACCAUGUAUGGGACGCCAUUCAGGGCCAAUGGUCAGUCGUCGUCAGCACCAUCACACUUUAAAGAUAGUGCAAGAAAUGCCAUUUAUCAACAGUUACCACCUUCUGUAAGAGUUUCUACUAGUGCAAGCUCCAUACGAUCAGCACCUUCACAAUAUAAUCAAAAAUAUCAAGCACUGUAUAGAUCACUGUCAUCUUCAAUAUUUUCAGCUAUAACUGGUAAAAGAUCAGUUAGAUCUGCUCCUUCCAUAUAUUCCAGUUCUACAGCCACUAUUCCGGAAGAUCUGGAACCUAUAUCUACAACGGUUGAACAAUUAGUGAAUGAUAUAGUAUUGCAUGAGAAUUAUUUCUUAGAUCAAAAAAUUCAGAAACAACAACAGCAACAACAACCUCCUCCGCCUUAUUAUGAUGAUUUAGAUGAUGCUGAAUUAUAUAAAAUAUCAUUAGGAUCUGAUUUACAAUAUCAAAAUAUUACCGAAUCUUUAAUUGAUUGGAAUUUAAAUGUCACGAGAUGUAAAUUAAUAUUAAUUCAAUUACCUAUGAUAACUUCAUCCCCUGAUUUUCAAUACAAUCAAAAUUCAUUACCACAAUUAAUUGGAGAUCUUGCAUCAUUAUGUCAUAUAGUAUUAAUUCAACCUCAUAUAACUGAUAAAGAGUUGAUAUAUACCUUGUUUUCAUCGGAUUUAUAUAAAGAGCAUAAUUUGGAUUAUAAUUUUAAAAAAUCGGUAGCUGAAAUAUCAGUAAAACAAUCAAGAUUAUUACAAAUCAAUAGCUCUAAAGGUAUUAAUCAACAACAAACAUUUUUAAAGUUUAAAUUUAAAGAGAUUGCCGUUCGGAAUUAUUUAAUCAAUUUAGCUGCGGCUGCUACUACAGCUCACGAAUAUAAACUUAAAUCGGAUUUGCUUAAAAAGGAAUUAAAGCAACCUGGGGAAAAUAAGAAGAUUAAAUUGUCUAAGGAUGAAAAGAAACGAUUAUGGGAACUGGUUAGACUGGAUGUAUUCAAAAGAGCUGGCUUAGAAGAAUGAAUCCAAAUUGUCAUCAAGUAUUAUAUUUUUAUAUAUUAUAUAUUGUAUAUAUGAUAACACUUAAACCAAAAACGGGUAUAUAACCCCUGAUUAACGAAUAUAGAAGAUAAGAAUGCAUAAAUGAAUUUGUAAU